AUGACUCCCAGCAUAAAGGGCAAUCCCCAGCCGAAGCAUGGAAGCUUUUUGUUGGAGACGUAUGGAAGCUGUUUGUGGACGGAUUCAUGUGGGAGCAAGCCAGUUCGGUUGGGCUGGAAAGCUUCUAAUAAUGAAGCAGAGUAUGAAGCUCUACUAGCCGGCUGCGAAAGUGCCGAACACUUCAAAGCGGAGGAGCUACUCGUCUUAGUGGACUCCCAAUUAGUGGUCAACCAACUCUCUGGAGUUUACGAGGCUCGCGAUGAACGGAUGGCCCACUAUCAGAACAGGCCAAAAUUUGAUCAGAAAGUUCCAAGCCAUCAGAGUCGAGAAGAUGGCCGAGAGGGAAAUGGUCAUGCUGAUGCUUUAGCUUGCCUAGGUUCCUCGGUCGACUCCAGAGAGCCCGCAAAAUAUGGUGGAAUAUGUACCCCAACCAAGUAUCAACUAGUCGAAAUGGUCCUCUGCAUCAGAUUGGGCCCAAGUUGGAUGGACCCACUCCUGGCCUUCUUGAAGAAUGGCACCCUCCUGAGGCACGAAAAAAAGAAGCGCACAGGACAAGGCUAG